UAACAGAUCAAACCCAUGAUAUGCCCACUUUCUCUACUAUUAAAAUACUGAAAAAGACAUAUUCUUUCCUUUUCUCUGUUUUACUUCACCACCCACCUUUGCUUCCUUCUUCUACACACGCCUCCCUGUUUCUCUCCCCUCUCCCUCUCACCAUCUCCCUCUUUCUGUUCUGAAUUCUUCAAUGGCUACUCUUGAGGAUAUUGGAGUCUCAGCAUUCAUUAACAUACUCACUGCCUUUACCUUUCUGCUGGCAUUUGCUCUCCUCAGAAUCCAACCCAUCAAUGACAGGGUCUACUUCCCCAAAUGGUACAUAAAUGGAGACAGAACCAGCCCAAGGCGCUCCAGGAAUUUUGUGGGAAAAUUUGUCAACCUCAAUGUCAUGACUUAUUUUACUUUCUUGAACUGGAUGCCUCAGGCUAUGAGGAGGAGUGAGGCUGAGAUUAUAAGCCAUGCUGGUGUGGACUCUGCCGUUUUCUUGAGAAUUUACACUCUGGGGUUAAAAAUUUUUGUACCGAUGACAGUCCUGGCACUUCUUAUCCUCAUUCCAGUCAAUGUAUCAAGUGGAACAUUAUUUUUCCUCAGAAAAGAACUGGUCGUGAGUGAUAUUGACAAGCUUUCAAUAUCAAACGUUCGUCCGGAAUCUAUAAGGUUUUUUUUCCACAUAGGAUUGCAAUACUUGUUCACAAUAUGGACUUGUUACAUGCUAUACAAGGAAUAUGAUUAUGUUGCGUCAAUGAGAAUGCAUUUCUUGGCUUCACAACCCAGGCGUGCAGAGCAGUUCACGGUAGUGGUGAGGAAUGUGCCACAUGUUCCUGGACACUCAGUGUCAGAUACUGUGGAUCACUUUUUUCAAACUAAUCACCCAAAUCAUUAUCUCUGUCACCAGGCAGUGUACAAUGCAAACAAAUAUGCUAAACUCGUGAGAAGAAGAGAUAGGCUGCAGAAUUGGCUGGACUAUAACCAGCUUAAGUUUGAAAGGCACCCAGAAAAGAGGCCAACUAGAAAGAUAGGAUUUUUGGGGCUUUGUGGUGAAAGUGUUGAUUCCAUUGAGUACUACAAACAACAGAUUAAGCAGCUGGAUAAAAUAUUGAUAUCGGAGCGCCAGAAAAUUGUCAAAGACUCAAAAUCUAUUCUGCCAGUAGCUUUUGUUUCAUUUAAUUCCCGUUGGGGAGCUGCUGUUUGUGCACAGACACAGCAAAGCAAAAAUCCUACACUUUGGUUGACAAAUUGGGCCCCAGAACCUCGCGAUGUUUUUUGGCGGAACCUGGCCAUACCAUUUGUUUCUUUAAGCAUCCGGAAACUUAUAAUAUCAUUGUCAGUGUUUGCUUUGGUGUUCUUCUACAUGAUACCCAUUGCAUUUGUGCAAUCCCUUGCAAAUUUGGAAGGUCUUGAAAAAGUUGCUCCUUUCCUCAGAUCUGUGAUAGAACUGAAAUUCAUUAAGUCAUUCUUACAGGGCUUCCUUCCAGGUCUAGCCCUUAAAAUCUUCCUUUAUAUUCUUCCAACAGUUUUGAUGAUCAUGUCAAAAAUUGAGGGACACAUAGCAUUCUCAACACUAGAACGGAAAGCAGCAUCAAAAUACUAUUAUUUUAUGUUAGUGAAUGUAUUCUUGGGAAGCAUUGUGACUGGAACAGCAUUUGAGCAACUGCAUUCUUUCCUUCACCAAUCGGCUACCGAGAUUCCGAGAACCAUUGGGGUCUCCAUACCAAUGAAAGCUACUUUCUUUAUUACAUAUAUAAUGGUUGAUGGGUGGGCAGGCAUUGCUAGCGAGAUUCUUCGGUUGAAGCCGUUGGUAAUAUUCCAUCUAAAGAACAUGUUUCUGGUGAAAACUGAAAGAGACAGAGAAAAAGCAAUGAACCCUGGGAGUGUCGAUUUCCCAGAGACUCUCCCAAGUCUCCAAUUGUACUUCCUAUUGGGGCUUGUGUAUGCCGUGGUUACUCCGAUCCUUCUUCCUUUCAUACUAGUCUUCUUUGCUCUUGCCUACUUAGUUUACCGCCAUCAGAUAAUCAAUGUCUACCAUCAACAAUAUGAGAGCGUUGCUGCAUUCUGGCCACAAGUCCACAGCCGCAUAAUAGCAAGCUUGUUGAUAUCCCAACUACUUUUGAUGGGACUGCUGAGCACAAAGAAAGCUGCCAAUUCCACUCCUUUGCUUGUUGUUUUGCCCAUAUUGACAUUAUCAUUCCACAAAUAUUGCAAGAAUCGCUUUGAACCUGCAUUUAGGAAAUACCCACUAGAGGAAGCCAUGGCAAAGGACAUAUUGGAGGGGACCACAGAACCCAACCUAAACUUAAAGGCAUACUUAGCUGAUGCCUAUUUGCACCCAAUUUACCGGUCAUUUGAGGAAGAAGAGGAGUUAGUUCAGGUCAGACUAGACAAACAUCAAACCCAAACAGUCAGCCCCUCAACAAGCGAAAUCAGCUCCCCGUCCCCACCACGCUACGUCCAUCAUCCGUCCUCCCCACCCCGUUAUGUAUAUCAUCCCCCCUCCCCACCUCAUUAUGUUGAUCAUUCAUCCUCCUCACCCCAAUAUGUUUAUGACCACUUCUCCCAACCCCAUUAUGUUGAUCAUCCAUCUUCCCCACCCCAAUAUGCUUAUGACCCUUCCUCCCCACCACACUAUGUCUAUCAUUAAAGCUUGAGCCUUGAACUGAUUAUAGUGGUCUGCUUACAAGAAACCCUAACCUAUUCUUCUAUUUAGCUUGUUCGCCGCCGUCCAUUGAGGUUGUGUCAAUUGUAAUUAUUGUUUUAUGAAUGUAAUUGUAGUUGGGUUUUGGCAUUUUUCUUCAAGUGUAGUGGAGGUUCUGCUUGGUUUGAUUGUCAAGAAGCUAGACUUGAAAGCUAAUAGUAUUAGAACGCCCACUCAAUUUCCAAUAUCUUUUUUAUGAUUUCAGCGGUUUCCUUUU